AUGCAUUUCCACAUGGUCAGUUCCCGCAAGUUCGGCGUGAGCAUGGUCUUCGGCCUUGCAGCCGCCGCUGCCGCCACUUACGCUCUACUCAGCAUCCACAGGAGCAUGCAGCACAUCAGCGUGACCGCCUCUUCGAACGAGGAGGAAGCAGCGAACGAGGCGAACGAGCUGCGAUCAUGGGAUAUUGAGAUGGGAUACCUGGGCGACGACGAGAAGGAGGAUAAUGGGACGGAGGAGGAGCGAAGGGCAUUGACAACGCUCCUGCACGCUCCAUCCGCACUCCUUACUGCGGCCAUGGUCGACAUCUACCGCGAACUGGAGGUUUCCCCUGCUCAGCUCCAAGCCAGCGGCGCAGAAUGA